AUGAUGGCUGUUCGAGGAGUGGGAUGGCGUCAGCUGCUGGCAGCGGUGUCAGUUGGCCAGUCCCAAGCAGUGACCUGUCAAGAGAUCCUUCAAGUAUUCAAGAAAUCUCAAGUGUUGAUACGCAGGAACUGCACAGAGUCCGGCUGGAGCAGCCCCAGCCCCCCGUACUACACCUGCGAGCUGAAUGGCAGCAAUAAGGACACAGAAGCCAAGGGGGCCUAUUUUGCCACUGUGAAGGUGCUUUACACCUGCGGCUACUCCACCUCCCUGGCUGCUCUGGUCCUGGCCAUCAGCAUCUUCUCCUGCUUCAGGAAGCUUCACUGCACCAGGAAUUCCAUCCACAUCAACUUCUUCUCCUCCUUCAUAAUGCGGGGAGCUGCCGUGUUCAUCAAAGACUCCGUGCUCUUCGCGGAUGAAUCCAUCAAUCACUGUACCAUGUCAACGGUGAACUGCAAAGUGGCCAUUGCCUUCUUCCAGUACUCCGUGCUGGCCAACUUCUACUGGCUCCUCGUAGAGGGGAUGUACCUGCAAACACUGCUGCUGUUCACCUUCAUCUCUGACAAGAGGUAUUUCUGGUGGUACACCCUCAUCGGCUGGGGUGAGUAA